AUGACUAGCAAUGCUAGGCCAAGCAAUCGACGGUGCACUUCAUCUUGUGGUGAUAUUCGCAAUAUAAACUAUCCGUUUCGACUGAAGAGUGAUCCAAAGGGAUGUGGCAUUUCAAAUUACGAGCUGACUUGUGAAGAUAAUCGCACUUUUCUAUACAUCCAUGAUGGCCGAUACUAUGUGCAGUCUAUCGAUUAUUCCGUUAGUGAAAUUAGAUUGGUCGAUGACGGGCUACAAAAGGAUAACAGCUCAUCUCUCCCCCGUCAUUCAUUUGUGUGGGAGAUCAUAAACUCCGGUCAGAUCUCGUCCCGCACGAUUAAAGGCGGGUCAUACUACUUCAUCGAUGGUGCUGCAUUGGUCAUGGUGAAUUGCUCCAAGCCGGUUAGUUCUCUGUUUUACAUUGAUACCAGUUCGCGUAUUAAGGGGUCAUCCUCAUCCAACACGACAUCGAAUUGGAACUUGUAUGUUUUGGUGAGUCCAAAAGCUUUGGAUGUUAGGGAUUUUUGCAUUAUUAGCGGUUGGACGUGGGUAUCACAUGACUUUGAGCCUUACAAGCAGAUUAAUGUGAGCUCCUACAACUAUGAGCUAAUUCAUAACAUCAUGGCCGAUGGAUUCACUCUCUCCUUUAGUCGUAUACCGAAGAAAACUUCCUAUUGCUACUUUGAUUUCUAUGGCUACUUUCACCUCCGUAACUACUUUCAUUCCGAUAGAUUUCAUCUUUACAGCUUAUACGGAGGUCAGGGAAAUUCGUAA